UCUUUAACAUAUGUAGUGGAUACAACAGGUUCUAUGUCUGAUGAUCUACAAGCUCUGAAGUUAGUGAAUGGUUGGCUCCUUGAUCGUGUAACAGCACGAUUUCCCUGUGGUGUUCGGCAAUAUACAAUGGUGGAAUAUAAUGAUCCAGAUGUUGGCCCUGUUAGGAUCACACAGUCCGUCAAAGACUUUGACAAUUUCUUCAAUAGUUUAGUAGCCAGAGGAGGAGGUGAUUGCCCAGAACUGGCUGUGAGUGGAAUUGAACAAGCUCUGACAAAGUCUCCAUCCCACUCAUUCAUUUUAGUCUUAACUGAUGCAUCCGCUAAAGACUACAAUAAUGCAGCAUUGGUACAGAGGACACGUUCCCUUAUAACAACAAAGAAGUCACAGGUCUCCUUUUUGAUCACAGGGCUUUGCUCUGGUUUGAAUGAUCCAGCUUUUCGUAUUUACAGAGAGCUUGCAUCUCUUAGUUUUGGACACGUCUUUCAAGUCACUCUUUCAGACUUAAGUAAAGUAUUCAACUACUUGGAUUUCACACUUGCAAGACCUGUUAACAGCUCCGUACAGAUCUUUACGGGAGAUUUUACUGCCAACAACCAUUCUGACAACUUCAUGGUCGCAAACAAUUUUACUGAAUUCAUUGUGACGACUGACGGCAUGAUUUAUUCUAUUAGAAUUACAGGACCUGAUUCUGUUGACGUGUCAAUGAAAACAAUGAUUUCAGAAGUUUGGGGAUCCAUGCACCAAGUGAAAAAUCCUGCAAAAGGUCUCUGGACAAUACAUGUCUCUGCAGGAGGCCAGCAUGCUAUUCGAAUUGAAGGAUUUGAAGCGGUCAACAUAUCAUCUACAGCACGUUGCUCAGACUGCCACACCAAUGCCACGUGUGAAGACAUUUCAGGAUCAUUGACCUGUUCCUGCAAGGAUGGAUUCAUUGGUGAUGGGUUUGCCUGCUCCGAUAUUGAUGAAUGUGCUUAUUCCUGGUCAAAUAACUGUCCAGCUGGCACUUGUGAAAACACUUUUGGCUCUUACACCUGUAGAUGUCCCAGUGGAUACUAUGUAACCCCUGAAAAAACAUGCAGUGACAUUGAUGAGUGUUCUGACUCUGCUCUUCACAAAUGUCACCCAUCGGCAACAUGUAUUAAUUCACCUGGUAGAUAUUCAUGUGUAUGCCCUCCUGGUAUUUUUGGUGAUGGUUUUUUCUGUGACGUUGAUGACUGUUCAAAAGAUGUGUGUGGAAUUGGUCUGGAAUGUAUACAAUUCCAUGGUUACUACAACUGUUCCGACCCAUGUUUAAAUCAUACUGUUCUUAAUGAACCCUGGCGGGGAUCAUCUGAACCUGGUUUAUCCAGUCUCAACUGUGAUAGAGACAAAUAUGGCUGGUACCGCUUUGUAGGUAAUGGAGGUGUACGCAUGCCAGAAGCUUGUGUACCCCAAUACAGCUGUAAUACACAUGCUCCCAUGUGGCUACGUGGAUUACACCCCUUAAUUGAUGAGGGUAUUGUAAAUCGAACAACCUGCGGUCACUGGUCUGGAGAUUGCUGCAAUUGGUCAACUGCUGUCCAAAUUAAGUUUUGUUCCGGUGGCUACCAUGUCUACAAAUUCAGUGGGACACCAGCCUGCACGUUGUCCUAUUGCACAGACCCAGAUACAGCCGAUGAGUCUUGUGGCGCAGAUGAAGAAUGGAAAUUGAAGGAUGGAGUUUAUGGUUGUCACUGCAAAGACAAAUACAACAUCUCUGCUAUUGCAGAUAUUCGUCCUGUAUUAACAUGUGGCACCUAUGAAAUGAAGGCAUCGUUUCAGAAAUGCCAGUUCAAAACCUUGAAAGUCAACAGUUUAACUCUUAAAGACAGUAGCUGCUUUGGGUUUCAGGAAGACAAUGCAACAAACACAUUUUCAAUAAUAUCUCCUCUUCGAGCAGGGGCAUGUGGUACCCAAUUAAUUAAAAAUGAAACACAUGCUGUCUAUGUCAAUACCCUGUUUUUAUCACUGGGAGUUGGGGAUGGCAUUAUCAUAAGAACAGAGAAUGUGAAUGUAGCAAUGUCGUGUACAUACAAGCUUGGUAUGUUGGUCAGUCUGAACACAGCUCUGGAACCUGUUGUCAAUUCCACAAAUAUUACCAUUGGAGGCACUGGGCAGUUUACCGCAUAUAUGGCUCUCUUUAAAGACAACAGCUACACUACGCCCUAUGAAGGAAGCAAUGUUGUAUUAUCAGUCAGGUCACUAUUGUAUAUUGGUGUCUUCAUUGAUGGGGGAGAUCCUUCUCAGUUUGUACUGGUACUGAAAAACUGCUACGCUACUCCCACUGAAAGCGCAGACGAUCCUGUGAAAUACUACAUCAUCAAGGAUGGUUGCCCUAACAAGCAGGACUCCUCUAUCAGCGUAGAGGAAAAUGGGGUCUCAACACAAUCACGUUUUUCUGUGCAAAUGUUUCAGUUUGUUGGGGAUUACAGCCAUGUGUACCUGCACUGUCAGAUAAGCCUGUGUGAUUUCAAAGAUGGAUUGUGCACACCAUCUUGCUCUGGAGUGAGAUCUCUCAAUGCUGUAACUAAGGCUGCAAACUACAAUUUGAGAUUGGGCCCAAUAACUCGUGAAGGUUCUUCCUCUUCAGGCACUGCAAGCAAAAAUGGAUCUUGGGCCUUUGUAACUGCACUCAUCCUGCUGGCGAUGUUUGUGUGA